UACUUCUUCCUUCCCGUUGCUUCCCUCUCCUCAAUCGCCGCUGGCGCAGUUUCCUCUUCCAAUAUGCUAGGUUUCUUCUGGAUUCCCCUCCUUUUUGCUCUUUCCAAGGAGGUCAGUGUCUCCGCCAAUGCUCAAUCUACCGCUGCGACGAUUCUCAUGCCGUGGGAGGUCGAUUCUUUUGAGGCAGUUCCAAGGUGUCCCGCGGAGGAUCCUAGUAUCAAUUAUCGCCCCGUCGUGGGAAUUCUGAGCCAUCCAGGGGAUGGCGCCUCAGGCAGGCUUACCAACGCUACUAAUGCGUCGUACAUAGCUGCUUCUUAUGUGAAGUUUGUUGAAUCUGCUGGAGCUAGGGUUAUUCCAUUAAUCUACAAUGAGCCUGAGGAGGUUAUCUACAAGAAACUUAAUUUGGUUAAUGGAGUGAUCUUCACAGGAGGUUCGGCCAAAAGUGGACGCUACGCUGAUGUUGUUGAGUCUAUUUUUAAGAGAAGUCUGAAGAAGAAUGAUGCUGGAGAACAUUUCCCUUUGCUUGCCAUAUGCUUAGGAUUUGAGUUGUUAACAGUAAUCGUUAGUCAGGACAGAAGCAUCUUGGAAAGAUUUAAUGCCAGGGAUCAAGCCUCUAAACUGCAGUUUCUACAAAAUGUCAACUUAAAUGAAACUGUAUUUGAGAGAUUUCCUCCAGUUUUACUAAAGAAGCUGAGUACUGAAUGCCUUGUGAUGCAAAAUCAUCGUUAUGGAAUAUCACCUGAAAAGUUCCAAAAGACUGGGAGUCUAUGUAGUUUCUUCAACAUUCUAACCACAAGUACAGAUGAAGAUGGCAAGACCUAUGUUUCAACAGUUCAGGCACAGAGAUAUCCUGUCACUGCUGUUCAAUGGCAUCCAGAGAAAAAUGCUUUUGAAUGGGGCUUAUCCAGAAUCCCACACUCUGAGGAUGCUGUUCAAGUAACUCAAAAUGUUGCCAAUUUUUUUGUGAGGGAAGCUAGGAUGUCUAAGAACAGACCAUUGAUUCAAGAAGUGCUCGACAACCUCAUAUACAACUAUGGUCUUACUUACUGUGGAAAGGCUGGGAAGGGAUAUGACGAGGUUUAUAUUUUCAGUUAGGACCAUUUCUUGCAAUUUGGUUCAAGUGUGUACAUUUACUAUGGUGCUGAAGAAUUUGUAGUGAAGGCAUGCGACUUUGCAUUGAUAUUUGAGCAUCAUGUACGUGGUUUGUAUGAUUGUAUCUAUAUCGACAUGGAUAAAAUUGUAGUACAUGAGAAAUUAAAUGUUCAAAAUGAAAAUUGUGGGUCAAAUA